UGGUACGGAACCGGAGGCAGCGUGCUGUUGCUCGUCUCAGCGACAGAUCAGUCAGCCCGUCAAAAUGUUGAGAAUUACGAUCCGGGCAGACGUAGGAUCCCUUUGGUUUUUGUUUUGUAUCAUAUAUUCGCAAGUCUUGACCGUGUCCUCUGAUGACAUAGUGGUGGCAUGCGGUGGAUUUGUGAAAUCCGACGUUGAAAUCAACUACUCCCUGAUCGAGAUUAAACUGUACACCAAACAAGGUUCCUUGAAAUAUCAGACGGAUUGUGCUCCAAUCAAUGGUUACUUCAUGAUCCCUCUCUAUGACAAGGGUGACUUUGUUUUGAAGAUCGAGCCUCCUCUCGGGUGGAGCUUUGAGCCUACCAGUGUUGACCUGCAUGUGGAUGGAGUCAGUGACAUCUGUACCAAAGAACAAGACAUCAAUUUUGUCUUUACAGGUUUCUCAGUCUCAGGAACGGUUCUGAGUAAGGGCCAUCUCCUGGGCCCAGCAGGAGUAGAAGUCAAACUGAGUCGAGCAGGAACAGAGGAGAAACUGCAGAGUGUCGUGACACAGCCUGGAGGAAAGUAUACCUUCUUCAAAGUGCUACCUGGAUAUUAUGACAUCACAGCCUCCCAUUCCUCUUGGACUCUGGAGCAGAGUACUACCUCAGUGCACGUCUCCAAUUCCAAUGCCCCAGCCGCCGACCAUCUGGUGGUUGGAGGCUACGAUGUCUCGGGGGAGGUCCGCAGUGAUGGAGAGCCCAUGAAGGAGGUCACCUUCUUACUGUACUCCGCCACAGUCAAGAGAGAGGACAUCAGUGGCUGUAAUCCAUCCCCAGUGGAGGGUGCAGAUUCUGGGGACAGCUCCCUGGUCUAUCUGUGCAGCGCUCUGUCCAGGGAGGACGGCACAUUCAGCUUUCCGUCACUGGCCAGCGGCGAGUACACUGUGGUGCCUUUCUACAGGGGAGAACGAAUCACUUUUGAUGUUGCUCCCUCUAGGAUGAAUUUCAAAGUGGAACACAACAGCUUAAAACUAGAGCCCAUGUUCCGUGUGAUGGGCUUCUCUGUGACGGGCAGAGUUCUCAACAGCGCUGGUGGGGAGGGUGUACCUGAUGCUACAGUUUCCCUCAACAACCAGAUCAAAGUUGUCAGCAAGGAGGAUGGUUCUUUCCGGUUGGAGAACAUGACAGCUGGUACCUACACCAUCCGCGUUAACAAGGACCUCAUGUUCUUUGAGCCAAUCACAGUGAAAAUUGCACCCAACACGCCUCAACUUCCAGACAUCAUCACAGCAGGGUUCAGUGUCUGCGGCCAGAUCUCCAUCAGCCGCCUGCCUGAGGGCAUGAAGCAGCAGGGUCGCUACAAGGUCACCCUGACACAGCAGGGCCAAGACAAGGCUUCGAGUCGGACCAUCGACUCCGACCCUCAGGGGGCCUUUUGCUUUCAGGCCAAACCUGGAGACUAUAGCGUCCAUGUAUCUCUCCCUGAAGCUGAGGUGAAAGCAGGCCUGGCUCUGCAGCCUCAGGCCCUAGAGGUCUCCCUUGUGGACCAACCCCUGACAGACCUGCUUUUUACUCAAUUCAUGGCCUCUGUUUCUGGAAAAGUCUACUGUCUAGCUUCCUGUGACGACUUCUCAGUAACCCUGCAACCAGUGAGUCGGCAGGGAGACAGGAGGGCGGUGGCUCUGUCUGGCAGCAGUGACGUCCUCAGCUUCUCUUUUGACAACGUUUUACCUGGGAAAUACAAAGUGAGCAUUUCUCAUGAGGAGUGGUGCUGGAAACAUAAGUCCAUGGAAGUGGAGGUUCUGGACUCCGAUGUUCUGGGGGUGGAGUUCAGACAGAUUGGCUACAUCCUGCGCUGCUCCCUCUCACAUGCCAUCACUUUGGAAUUCUUCCAAGAUGGGAGCAAACCUGAGAACGUCGGCGUGUACAACCUCUCUAAGGGAGUCAACCGUUUCUGCCUCUCCAAGCCCGGUGUUUACAAAGUCACCCCUCGCUCCUGCCAUCAAUUCGAGCAGGACUUUUACACCUACGAUACCUCAGCCCCCAGUAUCCUGACCCUCACUGCGGUGCGGCAUCACAUGACAGGACUCAUCACCACUGACAAGAUUCUGGAUGUCACAGUCACAAUCAAAUCAUCCAUCGAGAGCGAGCCAGCGCUGGUUCUCGGUCCUCUGCGCAGCCUGGAGGAACAGAGGCAGGAGCAGCAACUGCAAGAGAUCCAACUGCGGCGUCAGGAACGAGAGCGUCGUGCAGCCGAAGAGGAAGGAGGUGCCAAAGAUGACAGCCCACCUAUCCAAGAGAAGGCUGAUGAACUGACAGGCCCCUUCCACUAUGAGUUCUCCUAUUGGGCCAGGGCUGGUGAGAAAAUCACAGUGACUCCCUCGUCCAAGGAACUGUUGUUUUACCCUCCUGAAGUGGAGGCAACCAUCACUGGAGAGUCGUGCCCUGGUCGGCUGGUGGACAUCAUUGGGCGUGCAGGUCUCUUCUUAGAGGGCAAGGUUUCGCCAGAGCUGCAGGGUGUGGAGAUAUCCAUCACUGAGAGAGGAGCUGCGACACCACUCAUUACUGUGGCCACUAAUGAGAUGGGAGCAUACAGUGUGGGUCCACUCCAUAGCGACCGGCAGUACGACAUCAGUGCCAGCAAAGAAGGUUUCGUCCUGAGUCCUGUGGAGGGAACCCAGGGAGAUUUCAAGGCAUUUGCUCUGGCUGGUGUCACCUUCAAGAUCAAAUCGGAGGAUGGUCAAGCCCUUUCUGGUGUUCUUCUGUCUCUGAGCGGAGGACAGUUUCGUUCCAACCUUCUGACUCAGGACACUGGCCUCCUCACCUUCAAUAAUCUGAGUCCUGGUCAGUACUACUUCAAGCCCAUGAUGAAGGAAUUCCGCUUUGAACCGGCAUCUCAGAUGAUCACAGUGGAGGAGGGUCAAAACCUCAGCAUUGAUAUAACUGGAAUUAAGACUGCAUACAGCUGCUAUGGAGCGGUGCAGUCUCUGAGUGGGGAUGCAGAGCGGGACGUGGCCGUGGAGGCGGUGGGUCAGGGAGACUGUAGCCUCUACAGUGAGGACACGGUCACUGAUGAGGAGGGCCGGUUCAGACUCAGGGGUCUGCUGCCGGGUUGCAAGUAUCUGAUUCAGCUGCGAGCUGAAGGCAACGACCACAUAGAGAGGGCUCUGCCACAGCACAGAGCUAUAGAGGUCGGCAGCAGUGACAUUGAAGGGGUCAACAUCAUCGCGUUCAGGCAGAUUAAUCAGUUUGAUCUCAGUGGAAACAUCAUCACAUCUCCUGAACACCUCCCAACACUAUCGGUGAAACUUUAUAAAAGUGACAAUCUGGACAACCCUAUCAACAGUGUCUCUCUGGGACAGUCUCUUUUCUUCCACUUCCCUCCUCUGGACAGAGAUGGCGAGAGUUAUGUGCUCAUGCUGUACUCCACGCUGUCCCGCUCCCAGUACGAUUUCACUCUGCCUCAGGUCUCCUUCACCUCCAAUGGAUACCACAAGCAUGUCACGCUCACCUUCAACCCCACACGUAAAGUGCCUGACCAGGAUGUUGCACAAGGCUCCUACAUAGCUCUGCCCCUCACUCUCCUGCUCCUGCUAGCAGCGUACAACCACGAGAAGGUGAUUCCCCUCCUGUUACAGUUGGCAAAUCGCAUCCAGGGAGUGAGGAGCAUGGCCCAGGCCAGCGGUGACAGCGCUGCUCUGGAUGAAGCCAAACGUCAGGCCAAGAGACAGAAAGCCAGGCGCACAUGAGCCCAGCCUCAGAUCACGUCUUUGUAUGUUAAAUUGAACGCCGGCAUGCGCGAUCCCAGCCUCGGAGAGCACUGGGCUGCACUUCUUCAGUGUGAACACCUGUGCAUCCUGUGUGCUGGUGAAUCAUUUAGUUUACAAAGAUGUGAUUUGGGCUCAGGUGAAGCCCAACACAAACCACUCAGCAUGCAUUACCACCACCUCAUCAGCCAUUCAGGUUCAAAGGACUGAUAGCUGAAGUUUUCCAUUUUCUCUCAACACAACAAACAAGUCAUUGUCUAAGAAAACUUUUAAUAUUUGUAGUAAAGUAUGAGCCAUUUUUAUACCUUUAUAAUUUAUCAAGGUCAACUAAAAUCUUUUUCUUGUGUUUUUGAAAGUACUUAGAAGCUUGUGAUCUCAGUCCUAAUGUUGUUUAGGACUAGCAGACAUUGCAGACAACCAUGUGUCUCUCCUAUCAGUGCUGGGGUCACUUCAGACAACGCAAAGUGGAUUUUCAUCAGAAUGUGGCUGGAAUUUGACCAGAACUACCAGUAUUGGCUUAAGGAUAUUUCAAAUUUCUAAAAGUAUGGGCUCCCCAUGUGUUUGAUAUUAAACUAAACUGACCUGUUCAGUGCCAUCACAAAUGGGAUUCUGUAAAAGCUAAUGAUGACUAAAAGACAGCCAAAGAUGCUGACAAGCUAAUACUGGUUUUAUAUUGUUGUCAGUCUGCUGCUUAAAUGGAAAUCACCAACGAGUUACUCUAAUGCACUCCACUUCUGAUGGUGUUUUAUAAGCUGUUAAGUGUGAUGUAAGAUUGACUUUAUGUCAGUUUCUCCAUUAGCUCAGGAAAGUGAUGGUGAAUGCGAUGCUGGAAAUUGGGUUUGAACACUGUGUGAGGAGAAAUUUUGGAUUUUUUUUUUUUUUAAGGGAAGGACCGGGGCAACAGGGCGGGAAGCUACAGAACUAAUAGUUGAUUAAUUUAUUAACAUAUGUUGAAUCAGAUGUGAAUGAUGACCUAGUUUGUAAGCUAGGAAAUGUCUUUCAGAAGUGUGUUUGAUUUUUUUUUCUAAAUUAUAUUCUAUCAGUUGAAGUGUGUGACAAGUUAUUUUAAACAGCAGCAUAGCAUUUAAGAAGACUGUCUUUCUCAGAAGUGAAAAUGAAUGAGCAUAUCUACAAAGGGUCUGCCACGACCUUCAGUUAAACUUUGAAAGAUAAGGCAGGAUUGUAAUUUCAGAAGCUCAUUGUCUUACCACCGAGCUGUGUAAUGCACUGUGAAAACUAUGGACCCCAAUUAUUUUUCUGUAUUUAAUUCAUCUGCUCUCAGUUUUGACUGACUUUCACAGAAAGAUGAAAAGGCCACUGACUAUUUACUGAGUUGAAAGAUAUUCCAAUUAGUCUACAUUUAGGGGGAGUUGAUUAGUUUGGUUGGGGUGGGAGAGGGAGGAUGAGGGCGGUGGGGUGUAACUGUCAUUUGGUCAGAAUCUGUUAAUUUUUGAGAUAAUGAAUAAAGUUUGACUGGAAGAAAAUUAACUGCAUGGAUUUUGUGGCUUUGCCUGUAGGGGGCAGUGUAAUUCUAGACAUGAAUAUGAUCAGAAAGAUGGCAAGAAGUGAGUCUUAGCAUUCUUAAAGUCUUAAAGUACAAAACUCAUACUUUAUUAGUUCUGGAUUACAAAAAAAACCCCCAGAAAAAUCAAUAAGUCUGAGCCUGACACAUCAUUACAGCUUCUUCUCACCCAAUCUGCUUUAAUUUCAGCUUUAAUUCAGUGGGUUGAACAAAAAGAUUGCAUAAAUAUGUGAAGAACUAAAGCAUUAAAAAAAAAUCCCUUCAUUUCAAGAGCUCAAAAAUAAUUGGACAAAUUAAGUAACUGACAAUAAAAUGUUGAAUGUUGGUUGAAAACCCCUUUGCUGGCAAUGACUGCCUGAAGUCCUGAACUCAUGGACAUCACCAGACGCUGGGUUUCCCCCUUUUUAAUGCUCUGCCAGGUCUUUACUGCAGAGGUUUUCAGUUGCUGUUUGUUUGUGGGCCUUUCUUUCGGAAGUUUAGUCUUUAACAGGUGAGAUGCAUGCUCAGUUGGGUUGAGAUCAGGUAACUGACUUGGCCAUUCAAGAAUAUUCCACUUCUUUGCUUUAAUAAAGUCCUGGGUUGCUUUGGCUGUA